CUGUGAGCCUAUGCUUUGUGACAUUAUAAUUAUAAUCAAUAUUGAUGACUUUUUCAAAUGGAAUUCCCACCAAGUGAAUCUAUUUUACAGGAUUAUGAAAAUUCUCUCGAAGCGAUACAAAAAGAGAGAAGAAAAAUCAAAAAAAGUAUUCAUAAAAAACUUUUACAGACAUCCGAAGAUGUUGGAUCAAGUGUUCAAAUUGAUGAUAAUAAAUCGUUAAAAGUUCUGGAAAAUGAUUAUCAUAAAAUAUAUUUGAGCGAAGUUAACCUAUCAGAAAAAUUGAUGUUUACAAAACAAAUUUAUCGUUUGUUAUUCGAAUUUAAUGAUACACAAAAAAGUGAUGAAUUUAAACCUUUUAUUGAAAAGUAUGAAGAGGAAGUAUGGAUCAAUGAUAUGCAAAAUUUGGAUAAAGAAUUUCUAAAUACUCCCUAUACGAUUCAAAAGAUGUUAACCGUAUAUGAAAAUGACGAAACCGACGAACCCGAUAAAAUUCUAACUAAAUGGUAUUGGCAGUUGAAGGCGUAUCUACGUCAUGUUCCCUCCGAAAAAAAUUUAACUUCUUUAGAACUUUUACUUGUCGAUGUCGUCGCGUAUGAUAUAACUUAUAAUUGCAACAAACCUAACAAACCAAUGUUAAAAUUCAGUUCGCGUCAUUCUGGUCAUAUCAUACAAAUUUGUGUUACUAGUGACUCCCGGUUUAAAAUUAAUUUCGAUCUUCCUCUUAUUAAAGCUAUUGAAAAAUUUCAUGAACUUUCUCCUAGCAUAGACUUUCCUAAUUUUAUAAAGUACGUAAUUUGGAAUGAAAUGGAUGAAUUAUUUGAAUAUGAAUAAAAAUGGAAGUAUAUUUUUAUUAUUGCAUCAUUUUUGAUCAACUCUGAACAGUAUGACAGAGUUACAGAAUUUCUAAGAAUUUCUACACUUUUCUAAAACAUUCUUGAUCAUAUCCAUUAAUAUUUUUCAACCCUUUUAAAUUUUCUUCAAACUUAUCUCCCUUUAACUGUUAAAAGUAUAC